AUGCCCAUUUUAGAUUAUUUUUCUAAGUCCACUGGAGACUGUGUUAAUUCUUUAACUGGUUUCUUAUUUCCAAUAGUUGAUGCUGCCAUAACAAAGGAGAAGGUACCAUGCUUACGACCCGAUGGAUCAAUGAGCCAGAUGGAAGUGUGUAAAGACGAAUGGGGGCGAACUGUAGAUUGUCCAAGGGAUGAUGACGACAAUGAGGAAAGCGAAGAUCGUAAUAACACAUUUGAUGAUAAGUGUUGUUCCAGAAUGUCUCCCCCACAGUAUGCCGAUCUUGGAAAGAAGGCCAAUGAUGUAUUCUCCAAGGGUUAUCACUUUGGUGUUUUUAAACUUGACCUAAAGACAAAGAGUGAAUCAGGUGUUGAAUUUACCAGUGGUAUUACCUCCAACCAGGAAAGUGGAAAGGUAUUCGGAAGCUUGUCUUCAAAAUACGCAGUCAAGGACUAUGGUCUAACAUUUACAGAAAAAUGGAAUACAGACAACACAUUAGCCACUGACAUUACAAUUCAAGACAAAAUUGCUCAAGGACUUAAAGUCACUCUUGAAGGCACCUUUGCACCAAUGACAGGAAGCAAAACUGGCAAGUUGAAGACAUCAUUUGCAAAUGAAACUGUUGCGGUCAACACCAAUGUAGAUUUGGACCUUGCUGGCCCAAUUGUGGAUGUAGCAGCAGUUCUGAAGUACCAGGGCUGGCUCGCUGGUGCUCACACACAGUUUGACUCACAAAAGGCUAAGUUCUCUAAGAACAACUUUGCAUUUGGCUACCAGACUAACGACUUCGCCCUGCACACCAAUGUAGACAAUGGCAAAGAAUUCGGUGGUUCCAUCUACCAGAAGGUGUCAGACAAAUUGGACUGCGGUGUCAGCAUGAAGUGGGCGACUGGCUCAACUGACACCCUCUUCGGUGUUGGUGCCAAAUUCGCGCUGGACCAGGACGCGUCUCUACAUGCAAAGAUCAACAACAAGUCCCUAAUCGGGCUUGGAUACCAGCAGAAAUUGCGCCCAGGCGUGACUUUGACCCUGUCGGCUGCUAUCGACGGACAGAACUUCAACGCCGGCGGGCACAAGGUCGGUGUCGCCCUCGAGCUCGAGCCCUAG